CUACAUUCUUAUCAAGACCGUCCGGCGGGAUUGUUCAUUCACUCUUUUGAAUUUUUGGCUUCAUGCUGGUCCCUCUUUAAGCCAUCCUCCUGUCUAGUCCCUUCCAUUCACAGUAUCCUUGAUCAACAUUAUUAGGUGAUCUGCUCUACAUUCUGACAUCACACCAAGUUCAGGACUCUGCCUGACCUUUAGUCGGUUGCCACUGCCGUUGCGUCAUCCACCGGUCUAGUCGGAGGAGGCAAGAGUCAGCCCCUAAAGAUGAAGGUCUCCAAAGCUGUUGUCGGCCUUGUGUCCGCCACCGUCCUCUUCGGCUCCGCUCCUGCAGUGUUGGCAGAUGAGGCGGGAUUCUUGGCUCGUUUGCGUCAGGCCCUUGGCAAAAGUCAUACCAACAAGGCCUCUGACCCUCAUUACGAUCUUUACGGCGGUUACACCCCAGAGGAGAAGGUUUACAGUUAUCCACCUUAUGGAUAUCACCCGCCUCCACCUCCACCGCCUUCUUCGACAACGACAGAAUCUGGUGAGCCAACUACUACAACCAGUCGAGACUUCAGAGACAGAUGCGUAUGGAUCAAGUACCACCACUCGUCCCUCGACGCCACGCCCUGCUACGAGCUCAUCCGGCUCAACUGGUCCUGUGAGCUCAGGCACCUCUCAGACGAGUCUAACAGCCCCCGAAAGUGGACUCUCUUCCUCCAUGCCUACCGCUACAUCUUCUGGGUUCACAAACAGUUCCUCUUCCACGUCUCCUGA